GGGAAGCGUAGCAAGGGUCUGGGCGCUCGCAUGGGCGCCCUGGUGCAGAAGUGGAGUGCAGCGCAGCGGCAGUUGGAGGCGGAAGAGGAGGAGCAGGCGCGCAAGGCUGCCGAGGCAGAGGACCCCGGGGCCCUGGAGCGCAAACGCCUAGCAGAACUGGAGCGGUGGAAGUGGGAGCAGCAGAUCACGGGCGCAGCAAGCCAUAACGCCAAUUUUGCGCCUCUUGGCGACUGGCGCAGCCGCUUUCCAAAGAUGGCCACGCAGCAGCAGGACGGCGGCGGCAGCAGCAGCGGGACCGGCGGGGAAGCCGCCGCAGCUGAAGCGGGGACGUCUCCAGCGGUUGCGGGAGAGGCCGCAACGGACCCUGCCACCGCUGCUGCUGCUGCUGCUGCAGCAGCCGCUCAAAAGGCUGCACGCAAGGCUGAAAAGGAGGCCAAACGCGAGAAGAAGGACAAGAGCAGGGACAAGACUAAAGACAAGGUCAAGGACAAGCAGCAGCCGUCUGCCGCAGCGCCGGCCUCGGCUCUUCCCUCCUCCUCCUCCAAGCACCAAGCCGCUGCGGCUGCGCCAGCUGCUUCCGGAGGGGGAGUGCUCAACUCCAAGACGCGACCGGACCUGGAUGCGCUGUCUGCCGGUCUGCCUGCGGGCUGGCGGGCCAUGUGGGACAAGGGAAGCGGCGACGUGUAUUACGGCAACCUCACCACACGGGUAGGUGCCUGCCGCUUGUUGCGGCUGCUGCCGUGCUGUAUACGUGUGCUGCUUCCGGUACUGCUGCAUGCUGUAAUAGUACAGUAAAGUAUUUCAAGGGAAACAAUGGCUGGCGGGGUGCAGGUGGUUUAGGUGGAUGUGUGCAUGAAUAAGGGGUUGAAACUUGCAGCGCUGUGACUGGAGAUGGCGUCGUGCCUUACCAAAGGGCAGGGCGCGCUCGCACAGCUCGCGAUAGGCGAUGUGCCUAUCGGAGUUGCAUGGUCGCAUGGGUUUGGCCUUGGGACAGCUGAGGCUACACUACUGUUAGAUGACGAGCGUUACGCAAAGCCGGAGUGGGAGGAAGCCCGUGUCUCAUGCCCAGUGAGAGGUUUACAUUGGCAACGUCCUGAGUAGGUUGCCCCUUGGCGUUCAGUAGGGCCCUGCUUAUGCUAAGGAGGUGUGCACACGUGGGUUGGGUGGGUGACCCCAAAACACCGUAGCAGCAGACAAGCUGUGGCACAUAGGUAAGUGGUUGCAGGUGCAGGUAAGCUGGAUAAAGCUGUACACUACGCUGUUGCUUUGUUGCUUUGGCGCAACGAAACCCUCCCACUGAACGACACGAGCAGCCGGACUGCCGCCGCGCUUAGCACGUGGCGGUGCUGCUGCUGUACUGCUGCUGCAUCCGUUGCUACACCGGCUGAGUAAACGCCUGAGUCGGCCACCGUCUGAAUGACACACGGUACGAGCCGCAUACCGAGCGGCGUGAUGAUGAGCUUAGCGAGGCAGCAAAGCUGGGCAAACACGGGCCAGGUAAGUAUGAGGCCAGGUAAGCGACACGGUUAACCCUGCGGCGUGAAGAUUUGCUAAGAUGCUUCUGUAUGUAUGGUUGCCGCCCUUCCCGAUGAUGUUAUUGGUUCCCCUCUGCGCCUGCUGCACCGCUGACGAGCUCUGCGCCCGCAAUGCAGGAUGCCGUAGCUACCGUGUGUUGCGGCUACCGAAGAGCCAGUCCUAAGCGACCUGGGACACUGCGCUGAGCCAGUCCUAGGGAAAGGGGGCUGUGUGUCAGGGUCCGAUACCCUCAUGGAUGAAGGUAUUGGGAGGUUUUCAUUACCAUCUGCAGUGAAGCCUUCUUUGAUUUCUCAACGACCUCGCUUCUGACGAUGUGUGUCCUCCCCUCCUCCCCUUUUCUGUGUCCUUUCCUCUCGCUCGGCGGCAUCCUUUGCGCGUGGACGGAUGGAACCUCUUCUUGUGGCUCCAUUGCUUCCGCGAUGUGCCUUUCAACUGCUGCCCCUCCGACUGCGACACACACACACACGUGCAUCGCAUGCCGCUCCCAGGAGACGUGCUGGUCCCGACCCACAUGACGAGGAGGAUGGAGAGAGAGACGCGCUGCAGGACGCGCGAGCAGAGAGGCGGUGGUGUUCGGGGGGAGAUGAAGGAGGCCCAUGCGGCGGCGGGCGGGGCGGGUGAUGGCGUUGCGGGGAUAGAUCCGAGAAAAACAGGAAGGCGUUGCCGUACAUGAUACAUACGGCCAGUAGCGACCCUACAAGAAGGGCUGGGGUGCGGCACGGUGGACCAUGUGGAUGUCUCUUUCCUCAUAACGCCUGAUGAACGACGCCUGUAAUGACUGCGCCGCACAUUGCAUUUGACCGCUACUUCGCUGAACAGUUGUGAGUGAGUCGUAUCUGGCGCGGAAGCGGGUAGCAAAGCGACCACGUUGUGGCUUGGAAGGGUUUCAGAGGGCUUGAAACGGGUUAAAUGGUUGCAGCGUGUUGGUCGCAGCGCAACCCCAACUGGCAGCCACAUCCCAGGUACAAGCGGGUUAUGCUGACCGCUGACCGUUCUGCGCAAACCGGGCUUCCUGACCUAACCAUGAUGACGCCUAAUUACACGGUUCGUUAGUCGUUUCCUGUUUACCCUCCCGGGGACUUGCUGGGACCUGUAAAUCGGACCCAACGCUCAGCCAGCCACGUGGCUUCGUGGACACACCUCUGGAC